CAGGUGGGAGGACUGAGGACGUCAAGGAUCAGACUUUCACAUUGCCACAAGAGGGAGAGAGAAGACGCUGAUGUGUGUGAAGGACGGGCGAGAUGCACGCAUCUUCACGUGAAUUACACAGAUGAGACUGAAGAAACAUCUCACACAAGCGACAAUGACACGCAGCUCUCAACUCCUGCAAGUCGACAAGAACAUUCCUGGAUCAUGACCACUGGCUGCUAGAAAAAGACUUGGCAACUUUACGAGAGCAGAAACCCAUCAGAAACCCAUCAGAGCUCACCGGCUCCUCUCGAUACUCUGCCAUGGACGCCACAAACAUCACUCACUUGGCGGCCGUGUUCGUGAACCCUCAUGGUCAGGUGCCCGUUCUGGAUGUUCACGACACGUACACAGACUUCUACGACAUGGACUAUGGCGUUCCCGCAGAGGAGAUGCCGGACACCACGCAGGGCCUGGCCUACUUUGUGGCCACCAUCGUCAUUGGAGCCGUGCUUGUCUGCAUCAUGCUGGUGUGCGGCUUCGGCAACUUCGUCUUCAUAGCCACUCUGGCCCGAUACAAGAAACUCAGGAACCUCACCAACCUGCUGAUCGCCAACCUGGCCAUCUCCGACUUCAUAGUGGCUGUGGUCUGCUGCCCUUUCUUGGUGGAUUAUUACGUGGUCAAGCAGCUCUCCUGGGAUCAUGGGAAAGUGCUGUGUGCCUCCGUCAACUACCUCAGGACUGUGUCUCUCUAUGUGUCCACCAAUGCCUUACUGGCUAUCGCCGUUGACAGGUACAUGGCCAUCGUUCAUCCCUUGAGGCCCAGAAUGAAGCACCAGACCGCAUACUGCCUCAUAACGGGGGUGUGGGUUGUCCCGGUGCUCAUUUCUAUUCCCUCCGCGUACUUUGCGUCCGCGACCAAAGUCCCCCACGGAGCCAACCGCAGCAAGACCUUCUGCGCCCAGAUCUGGACAGUGGACCAGCAGCUGUACUACCGCUCGUACUUCCUGUUCAUCUUCGCCGUGGAGUUCGUGGGGCCAGUGCUCACCAUGGCCCUGUGCUACCUGCGCAUCUCCAGAGAGCUCUGGUUCAAGAGCGUGCCGGGUUUCCAAACGGAGCAGAUCCGCAAACGCCUGCGCUGCCGCAGGAAGACGGUCAUGGUGCUGAUUGGCAUUCUAUCAGCGUACAUCCUCUGCUGGGCUCCGUACUACGGCUACACCAUCCUGCGCGAUUUCCACCCCACGCUCAUCUCUCGUGAGAGGAACUCCCUGGUGGCGUUCUACAUUAUCGAGUGCAUCGCCAUGAGCAACAGCAUGAUCAACACGUUCUGCUUCGUCAGUGUGAAGAACAACACCGUCAAAUACUUCAAGAGGAUUGUUCUCCUCCGCUGGAAAUCCACCUACACCUCCAGGAAGAGCACAGAUGAGACAGACAUCAAUCCCCACCUCACCGAAUGUAGAAAGGGAGCCGAGCUGAGUGGUUUUCAUGUCACCCAUAUUACAGAUGAUUAGAGAGUACUGAUGAUGCUGCUUCUGGGCAUUUUUCUGCAAAUGAAUAUCACCUGACUGAUGUUAUGUUUUAGUGUUUUUUCCUUGUCAAAUGUGCCAUUUUCAUACUUUGUAUGUAUAUGUGUUUAUGAUACAGCACAAUUGAUAAUUUCAGUUGUUUUGCACAGAUUUUUUUAAUGAGUGAAUUAAAUACUCAUCCCUUAAAGCUUUGAGAAUGACAAAGAAAUGGUACAAUAUAGAACUACUGACUUAAAGUUAUUGAUUAUAAAUAUAGAUUUUUUUCAUUGCAAAAUAUUUAGAUACAAUUAUUUAAGCAUGUGUCAGGAGACUCAAAAACAUUCAUGAUGCUUUGUGAGAGUAGCUUGGUAUGCUGACCUUUUUAAUUGCAAAUCUAUGUUGUCAAAGCCUUCUCUGAUUGGUGGAGGGUAUAUUCUGGAUUAUGGGUAGUGCAGUUAUUUACAUUAAAAUGAAAACACUUUCAUUGUUAAAAAUCAGUUUCUCUAUGAAGAAAAUGAGUGGAAUUUUUACUUCAGAACUGUUUUGCUCGAUUGAAGAAAAACCCAAGAACAAUCUUUUUCAGCAGUAUUUGUAGAAAUGCAUUUGUGACCUCAUUUAACAACCACUCGUUAGUUUACUGUUACAUAAUAUAGAUUAUUUAAAAACCAGUCUGAUUACUGAGGUCCUUUAUCAGUCGAUGUUUUAUAUGUGAACGUUUAUUUUUACUUGGUUCUAAAAAAAAUGUGGUCAUUUGCUGUCUUUUGUGUUGGUUAAUACAGUAUCUGCAUGCAUUCUAGCCAAAUAAAGUAAAACCUGAGAACCAAUCCAUGUGUCAUGUACAGUCCUCGAAUUUUAAAGGCAUAAUUCAUGAAGCUAUAUCGAUCAGUUUAGAGGUAAU